UGAGCAGCGGGCAGAGCUGCUGAUACAGCAGCAGAGCAGGCCAGAGCUGACGGCGGCCGGGCCCGGCCCUGCACACGCUGUCUGCCGGCUGUGGAGGCAGCGAGCGAGAGGCGAGCGGCGAGUAGCAGCAGGUUUCUGGCAUAAUCUAGGAGUCUUCAAAUAGCAUCCAACAUGGAAUCUGACUGUUUAAGAUCAUGGACGAUUCAUCUUGUCCUUGUACUGGGCACAUCUGUUACAUGUUUGAAAGAAGUCACAGCACUGAGUGAUUCAACUACAGAUCCAUUUCAGUUUUGCCACCCAGUGAAACCAGGGAUGCUUAAUGUUCACCUGGUACCACAUUCUCAUGAUGAUGUUGGAUGGCUCAAAACAGUGGACCAAUACUAUUAUGGAAGCAAGCAAGAAAUACAAAAAGCUGGAGUACAGUACAUAUUGGAUUCAGUUACUGAUGAACUUUUGAUCAAUCCUGAUAGAAGAUUUGUUCAAGUGGAGACAUACUACUUGUGGCGAUGGUUCAGAGAACAGAAAGCAAGGAAACAACAACAAGUGAAAGAACUUGUUAGAUCUGGGAGACUGGCAAUAGCUAAUGGAGGAAUCACAAGCAGUGAUGAAGCCACUACUUACUAUCAGUGCCUUAUAGAUCAACUGACAUGGGGAUUCAGGAGGAUUCAUGACAUGUUUGGUGCUGAACCCUUACCACUUGCUGCAUGGAAGAUUGAUUCAUUUGGACAUUCCCGUGAGAUGGGUUCCAUCUUGGCACAAAUGGGAUUCAAUGGAGUAUUUUUUGCUCGUAUUGAUUAUCAAGACAAAUACAACCGCCUACGAGACAAAACUGCAGAACUGGUUUGGCAAACCAGUGCCAAUCUAGGAACUUCUUCACACCUAUUCACAAGCAUCUUCAAUAACCACUACAGUGCUCCAUCAGGAUUCUGCUUUGAUAUUCUGUGUAAUGAUGAGCCAGUCAAUGAUGAUCCUGACAGUAGAGGCUACAAUGUUGAUGAAAAAGUUAACAACUUCAUAAAUUUUGCUAGAAAUGUAGCAAAAUAUUAUGUCACCAAUAACAUUAUUGUUCCAAUGGGGGACGACUUUCACUACCAAGAUGCACAUGUGAAUUUUAAAAAUAUGGACAAACUUAUAUGGUAUGUCAAUGAAAGACAACAGCUGAAAGGAACCAUGGUCAAUGUACUCUACUCGACACCAUCAUGUUAUCUGAAAGCAGUAAAUGAAGCUAAUGUUACUUGGCCAUUAAAAUAUGAUGAUUUCUUUCCUUAUGGUUCAGAUUAUCACUCGUACUGGACUGGUUUCUACACUUCACGACCGAACCUCAAAUAUUUUGAGAGGUUAGGAAACAACUAUCUGCAGGUAUGUAAGCAACUCUUUGUAUUGGCUGCACUGAACACCGAAGAUCUGAAAUAUUUAGAUGCACUAAGAGAUGCUUUAGGCAUAAUGCAGCAUCAUGAUGCGAUCACAGGCACUGAGAAGCAACACGUUGCUGAUGAUUAUGCACUCAUUUUACAUAAAGCUAUUACAGGAUGUGAAAAAAUAAUAAACAAUGCUCUCAGGGAACUAAUGCACAAAAAGAAGGAUGAGAGCAGCCAUCAACCAGAGAUUUUUCAGUCAUGUCUUCUCCUGAAUAUCAGUGACUGUGCCAUCUCUGAGAAAUCACAAGUUUUUACUGUGACUGUUUAUAAUCCACUUAGCUAUGUCGCAUCCCACUAUGUCAGACUCCCAGUGACAGGUGUAUCUUACUCUGUCAGAGAUCCUGCAGGUACGCAACUGCCAGUUCAGCUUGUACCAAUUCCAUCAGCACUUUUCAGUUUACCAGGACGAAAGAGUAAAGCUACAGUGGAGAUGGUUUUCAAAGCUGAAGAUGUUCCUCCUCUAGGAUACAAAUCAUACUAUGUUGAAGAGUUGCCUCACAGAGUGCGUGGGAAAUCAGAUCUAGCAGAUGAUGGAAUGGAUUCCACAAUUGGAAACAAGAACUUUCAAAUAAUAUUUGACGAAUUAACUGGUCUGAUUGAAGCAGUGAAAAAUAAUGGAACACUCAUCCCCCUCAGGCAAAAUUUUCUCUUUUACAAUAGUGCAAGUGGGGGAAGCACAUUUUCUGGGAAUCGUGUCUCUGGAGCUUACAUAUUCAGACCCAGUGAACAAUAUGCAACUCCAGUUACAGAACCUACAAUCAUGGGAAUGAACAUAUAUAAAGGAGAAAUUGUAGAUGAAGUUCAUCAGAUCUUCACAGAUUGGAUAAGCCAAGUUGUUAGGGUUUAUAAAGAUGAUAACCAUUUUGAAUUAGAGUGGUUAGCUGGACCAAUUCCCGUCAAUGGUGGAAGUGGGAAGGAAGUUAUAAGCAGGUUCUCUACUAAUUUUGAAAACAACGGGACAUUCUACACGGACAGCAAUGGCAGGGAGAUGAUAAAACGAAUAAGAAACUAUCGUCCAACUUGGGAUGUGAAAGUAAAGGAACCUAUUUCUGCAAAUUAUUACCCUGUCACAACAAAAAUUGUAAUCAAUGACAAUAAAACAAAACAACAUCUAGCAGUUUUCACAGACAGAUCUCAAGGUGGAACCAGUCACAGAGAUGGAGAAUUAGAGUUAAUGAUUCAUCGUCGUACAUUACAUGAUGAUGGCCUUGGAGUGGGUGAAGCCUUGAAUGAACAACAAUAUGGGAAAGGCCUUAUAGCUAGGGGGAAGCAUUAUGUGGUCUUAGCAGUUGGUAACAAAUCUGGGAAGGCUGCAGUGGAGAAAGAUAUAGCACAGAGGAGGGGAAUGUCGCCAUUGGUGUUUCUAGCAAAGAACAGCUACAGUUCCUUUGAAAAAUGGGCACGGAAACAUCAGACAGAAUUUUCAGGAGUGAAGCAGCCAUUGCCAAGAAAUAUAAAGAUAUUGACACUGGAGCCAUGGAGCAAUAACACAAUACUCUUACGACUAGAACAUCUUUUUGAAAAUGGUGAAGAUGACCAGUUGUCCAAAAGUGUUACCAUAGAUCUCCGUAAACUGUUUGUGAAUCUUCCAUUUUCACAUGUCACUGAGACAUUGCUGGGUGGAAAUCAACAGCCAAAAAAUGGCAAAUUACAUUGGAUAACAGAAAAACACUCACUGAAGAAAACUGAACAUACAAGUAGAGAAAGUUCUCCAUAUUUAAUUACUCUUAUGCCGAUGCAAAUAAGAACUUUUAUUUUAAAACUGAAAACUGAGUAAGUGUAAUAAAGUGAAAA